AUGACUGUUAUAUCACAGGAUUUGCUGCUAAUGCUCGUAGUUGCUGUCUCUGCGGCUCCUCACGGGUACUACUUAAGAGUACCCUCUAGUGCCGGGCUUGCUGGUGGUCCCGGAACCGCUGCUAGUGCCACGGGGGCCGGUGGAGACCUCGCCAAUGGAGGAGGUGCAUCUGCUGGAUGCCAAAAGGGAGAAGUCCUUCACGUAGAUGGCACGUGUGUAAUUCCUGAAGUCACAAGAAGGGUCUACGUUUUUAAUGUUCCUGAACAAGAGAGACCCGUUGGUCCAGCACCUAGUAUUCCUCCUCCAGCAGUGGACCACAACAUCUUGUUCGUGCGCCUUCCUGAGGAAGCACCUGCACCUGACCCCAUCGUACUUCCUCCACCAAGGCAGAACAACAUCGUCUAUGUGCUCAACAAGCAAGAAGAACAAGCUCAGCGAGUGAUCGAAGUACCAGCUCAGCCACAAGCUGAUCCCGAGAUUUAUUUCGUCAAUUAUCAAGAUGGAGAGAACACGACCCUUCCCUUAGGAGUAGACCUUGAAACUGCUCUCAGCGCCGCUGCUGCAGCCGGUGGUCAAGUUCUAGGAGACCGUCGAUGA